AUGCAGUUCAUACCUGAAGAAACAAAGUCAGGCUGGCUGACCAAACAAGGUGGAAAUGCCCUACGGAAAACAUGGAAAAAAAGAUGGUGCGUAAUUAAUCUCGCUUCUUAUAAUUCAGUAGUUCAAGAUCCUUCGGUCACCAAGAAAUCACAGUAUUGCAUUCGUAUUGAAAAACUUGCACGUUCAUCCGAUUCUGUACGUUCAACCCUGAGCUAUCGUGACGCCAAAUCUCCAAAUCCAUUUAUCGCCUACGCAGAAUCUGAAGGGGAAAUGCAGCAGUGGAUAGCAAUACUUCAAAAACGAGUUGGUGGUCGGAAUAUUGUUGAUAUUGUACUCGAUCGAUUAGACUUGACAAACGGUCACAGAAGACAAGGAAGUUAUGGUUCAUUAGGUUCAUUCUAUUCUCGUAAUGGAAGUGCGAAUGGUUCAUCGUCAACUUUAUCAUCACGAAGACCUUCUUUAGAUUCGAUGAGUCAGGAUACGCCUUCAUUGGACUCUCGUAAAAGUUCAAUAGAUUCAUUGCAUAGUGGAUAUCAGACCGGAGAACGUCCAAUCUCUACAAUAAUACUACCGACCAUAACACAACAACAACAAAGAUCUCGACCUCAGACACCUCUACUUAAUCUUGGGAUAGGGCAACCAAUUCUUCGUAAGCCCGCUUCUCAUUCAUGUCUCCAAGAUAGAAGAUCAAUCAAUCCUCCUGUCAAUGCUCAUUCACGAAAACUUUCGCUUUCAUUAAAAGAUACAGCUGCAGCACCUUGUCAUCCAAAUGCUCCUUUAAUUAUGGUGCAUGGUGACAAUUCAAAAUUCACGAAAUCGCCUGAUGCUGUAUUCUUUCCGGAACGUGAUAUAAAAAUGAAAAACGAGGAUAAUAUACAUUCAUCAACAUUUACACAUUUGAAUUCACUCGAAACAUUCAAAAAUUCAAAUUGCUUAUAUAAAAAGAAAGAGGAAGUGGUUCUCGGUUCGCCGGUGACUCCAAUAAGAAAUGUGUUUCCGAGUCAUUUAUCAGACAGCAAAUGA